AUGAAACCGGAUUUCGUGAAAAUGGGAAAGACACAUACCCUCACAUUCACCGGCGACGUAAUGCUCGCCCGCCUCAUCGACCAACUCUACCCUACACACAUCCACGACCCAUCCUCCGCCGCCACCGCAGAUCACUUCAGGGAAACAUACCCAACCCUAUCAACCGGAACCUACAAUCCCUCCUCACCAUGGGGCACAACCCUCCCCCUCCUCCGCAAUUCAGAAAUUACGCUCAUCAACCUCGAAACAGCCGCAACGACAUCUCCAACACCAUGGCCUGGUAAAGCGUUCAAUUACCGCAUGCACCCUGCCAAUCUGGCUCCUAUCUUGCGUGCUGCGAAGGUCGGGUAUGUUGGGUUGGCGAAUAAUCAUACCCUUGAUUUUGGUGUUGAGGGAUUAUUUGAGACUAUAAGGACCGUUCAAAGGACCGGAAUACCAUUUGCCGGGGUUGGAGAGAGUCCUGAGGAGGCACGUAGACCUGCUGUAUUGAAGUUGGGACGGGAAGGUCGUGGAUUUGAGGUGCUUGUUUAUGCGGCAGCGGAUCAUCCGAGUGAGUGGGGUGGUGUGGACGGGUUUCACCUCGUCGAUUAUACGUUUGAGACGAGGCGGAGGUUAAAGGAGCUUUUGAUGUCUGUUGGUGCGAGAUCAAAGCCGGCGUUGAAGAUAUUUUCAGUUCAUUGGGGUCCGAACUAUACGUGGGAACCUGGAGAGAAGAUUAGGGGAUUGGCUCAUUUCUUGGUCGAUGAGUGCGAGGUCGAUAUUGUACAUGGUCAUUCGUCGCAUCAUGUUCAGGGUGUCGAGGUUUAUCGUGGGAGAUUGAUCGUCUAUGGAUGUGGGGACUUUGUGGAUGACUAUGUUGUACAUGAUGAGUAUAGAAAUGAUCUUGGGGCCUUGUGGAGGGUUAAUGUCAAAGAGGGAGAGAUGGACAAUGGGAAGGGUAAGCUGGUGCUUGAUCGCUUGGAGAUUUUUCCUACACGCAUUGAAAGGUUCAAGGCAAUGCUGCUUGGAGUCGACGAUGAGGAUCAUGAGUGGGUGCGAAGAAAGGUUUCGAUGCUUAGUAUGGAGUUAGGGACUCUGGUACGCGAGAACAUUGGUAGUGAAGGUCAAAUUGUGGUUGAUAUUGAUCAGUGA